AUGGCCCGCUUCAGCGUUUCCUCGGCAAUUUUGAUGGCCCUUGCCAUUCCCACGGCCCAAGCCUUCACUUCUUCUGUCCCAUUCACCAAGUCGUCGUUUGUUCCAAGCCACAGUGGGUUUGUUAGUGUCCGAACCAGUGACACGGCGCUCAGUAUGAAUCUCUUUGAUCGAUUCUCACGAGUGGCCAAGUCAAAUCUUAACAACAUCCUGAAGAAUUUGGAGGACCCCGAGAAAAUCAUGGGCCAAGCUCUUGAGGACAUGCAGAGUGACCUCGUUAAAGUCCGUCAAUCUUACGCUGAAGUUACAGCCACACAACGCCGACUUUUGAAGCAAAAGGAGCAAGCGGAUGCCUUGGCGCAAGACUGGUUCAAGAGAGCUCAGUUGGCCUUGGAAAAGGGCAACGAAGACUUGGCUCGAGAGGCGCUUAGCCGCAAGCAACAACAAACAGAAGAGGCUGACAGUCUUCAAAUGCAAAUUGAUGCUCAGGCAGCCAGUAUUGAUAAGCUGUACGAAGGAAUGCAAAUGUUGGAAAAGAAGGUUUUGGAGAGCAAGGCCAAGAAGGAACAAAUGGUGGCUCGUGCACGAACAGCUCAAUCUACACAAAAAGUCAAUGAUAUGUUGGGAGGUUUGACAGGUUCGACUUCGAUGGAUGCUUUUACCCGCAUGGAAGAAAAGGUGGAAGCUCUCGAAGCCUCCGCCGAGGUUAGUGCCGAAAUGGGAGCUGUUGGCGGAAUGGCUCUUCCUGGAUCUUCCGGAUCUUCUCUGGAAAACGAAUUCAAAAAGCUGGAAGCUGCUUCUUCUGUGGAUGAUGAAUUGAGUAAGAUGAAGGGGCUCUUGAAGGGAAGCAGCGAUGACAGCGCCAGCAAACCUAGUAGUAGUAGCGCAAAGUCGUCCAACCCCGAGGUUGAUGAUGAAUUGGCCAAGCUCAAGAAAGAUGCUGGUUUGUAA